CUCCAGGUCAGUAGGUGGCGCUAAUUCCAGUCUAAAGUAUCAUGCAGUCGGGAAAAGAGGAAACGCAGCUGAAGGCGUAGUUCAGCGCUCAAUCUUUUUUUUAGUGAAUAAAGUUUUCUUUUUAUUCAGCAGCUCUUCACUAAGAAGUACAGUAUGGGCUCUCUCCCUCUGUGCUCUGUGCGGCUGCUGGUGCCUCCACUACGCCUCAUGUCUGCCUUCAUGUGGCGAGUCGUUCAGCAGCAAAACUUGGAGUGUUUCGACAAGCUCGAAGAGUACAUCCUCGUCAUAACACGGAUGGUCCCUGAGAUUCUGAGUGAAAGACAGAGGAGUGUGCUCAUUAUGGGCCUGAGAGCAAAGAUGAUCCUUGAAAUGUGCAAAGAUGAGUUACCAACCGACUUAAAGGCUGUGAAGGCACGUCUUCACACAGCUGAAACCUUCAAUGUAUCUAAGAGCACUGGUUCAGAGGUUGAGGUGUUACAGGGCAGAUUGCUGAAGCUCGUCUUAAGCCUUCUUGAGGACCCAGUUAAAAAGGAGCAUUUCUUUCAGGAAGUGUUCCCACAGGAGUAUGGUCCUGAGUUUGACAAAGCACUGCAGGUCCUUGUUGGCUAUUUUCUCUCCAGACUGGAAAAGCUCCUGCCAGUACCCAGCUUCAAACAGGUUGCCCAGUGGUUAGAUUCUGAACCCACAGAACUGGACGAUUUGGUACAGAUGAACUGUGAUCCGACCCACUUGCUUCCUCUGCUACAAAGUGACUAUCAUGAAAACUUGGAAAGAAAUGGACUGCCAUCUGUUGUCGAGGAAAGAAUCAUAUCAGCUUUGUCUCUCGAUUCUAUGGCCGAUGAAGUCAUCCCAGCUGAGAGCAAAUCUGAUGAUCAAUCUGCAACGCCCUCCAGCAUGGAUAAUUCCUGCCAGACUCACCAGGAUGUGAUGCAGGACAUUAAAAAUGAUGUUUUAGUUGAUACGAUCGUGACUUCAGAACAAGCAAUGUGUCAUUCUGAGUCUGUGUGUGAAGAGUCAGAAUCUCUUACAAAUAACACACAAGAAGAAGUGGACUUAAACGUGAAAGAUGUCUACGAGACCGAAGAGGAGACGUUGAAAACCUCCCAAACGGAAUGUAUGGAAGAAACAUCAACAGACGUUGAAAACUCUGAGCCAAACGCAACGAUUAGUGAUCCAGGAAACAGUGGUGGUGAAGGUGCUAAGAAAUUAUCUACUGGAUCAGAGGGCAAAAGUGGACAGAUGCUUAAAGUUAUUGUUCCGAAGCAUCUGUUACCUGCAAUUAAACAGAUCAGCCUGCCAUCUGUGUUACUCUCCUGCUGUAUAAGCAGUGAACCAGUUCCACUUAAGGUUGUUCCUGUUUCUAAAGAAUCACCCUCUGAGAAUUCAAACAUUACUGAAAAUACCAAGACGGUGCAGAGGAGGCGUUUAAGAGCGCACAAGGAGCAGCAUCCUGGUAAAGCCAGCUACAAAUGUGUGCCCUGUAAAACGAGCUUCAAAACACAUUUCCAGGCUUCUGGACAUCAGAGUAAAAGGCACAGGAAGUUAGUUUAUUCCUGCCCUCACUGUGAAAAGAGUUUUGAAUCCAUGAAGGCUUGGACGAGACACCGCACGGAACACAAAGAAGAAAAACCACAGAGAUGUACUGACUGCGGAGAGGAAUGUGCGAGCCUGCAAGCUCUUGUUGCCCAUUCCAAAAUCCAUAACCACGUAGUAAGCGAGAGCUUGCCCACUUCGGAAAAAGCGGCGCCUCCUCCGAAACCUGCGCCAGGAGAGUGUAAAUUUUGUGGCGAGACGUUUACUCCGAUAGAGCUAAGAAACCACUUAAAAACCCAUCCGGAGUUCCGACCUCACCAAUGUGACCACUGCGGGAGGUGUUUCGCAAACCUGAGCAAUUUGUUAGCUCACAUUUCGAACCACACAGGAGAAAAGCCUCACGUUUGCUUAAACUGUGGCAAGAAGUUCUUCAGCAAGUCGCAGCUCAAGUCACACAUGAAGUCUCAUUCGGAAGAGCGGCCAUACUGCUGCUCUUACUGCGGGAAAUGCUUCCAAACCGCUGGGAACCUUAACAUCCAUACAAGAAUACACACUGGAGAGAAACCUUACACGUGCAUAGAGUGUGGGAAGUCCUUCAGCUCAGCUGGGCGUCUGCAGGUUCAUCGUCGUUGCCACACUGGAGAGAAACCUUAUCAAUGCGACGUGUGUGGGAGAGGAUUUAUCGUAUCGAGCCACCGCACGAUACACAUGAGGUCACACACGGGGGUACGACCUUUCACCUGCCAAAUCUGCGGCAAGACAUUUUCUAGGCGGAACUGCUGGAGCGAACACAUGUUCAGUCACACAGACUCGAAGCCGUUCCCUUGUCCCGUUUGCUCAAAGAGCUUUAUUCGCCGUAGCCAUUUGAAGAGACACAUGCAGAGCCACAGUGGUGACCAAAGCAAUGCUGUUUAGAUGGAGCUAUAAAAGUCUAUAAAAUGCUGUAUAAUAAAUAGCUGUGAAGUCUGUAGGCUUCAGAUUUAUUGUUUAGUUUUUUUAAACAUAACUGCUUUAGAGCAAUAAAUCCUGCUUCUUUAGAAA